AACAGACAGACAGACAGACAAACACAUACAGACAAACAAACAGACAGACAACAUACACACAGACAGACAAACAUACACACAGACAGACAGACAGACAGACAAACAGACAAACACACACAGACAAACAAACAGACAGACAAACAUACACAGAGACAGACAAACAUACACACAGACAGACAGACAAACAGACAGACAAACAAACCGACAAACAGACAGACAAAGAUACACACAGAAAGGCAAAGGUGCAGGAGCAUGGCUCCUGACAGUACCAUCAUCAUCAUGGCAUGCAUUAUCUCCGUGCGAUUUCCGCUUGGCAUCCUUGAUGAGACUGGGCUGCCAAAUGCCUUUGGCUUCUGGUCAGUGUGACUGUGGGAAAGAAUUAGACUCAGAUGGAUACCACCUAAUAACAUGUAAGACUGGGGGCGGCCCGGUAAUCAGCCAUAACAACAUGGUUUUAGCAUGGUCAGACUGUUUGAGUCAACUGCAAUUACAUCACGUAAAAGAACCCAGAGGAAGGUAUGUCAAUUCUGAAGACAGAUCAGACAUAGUUGUAUUCGAUUCGGCAUCGGGGGUGGAUCUUGAAUUGGAUAUUGCUCUAGCGCAUCCCUGGAGCAAUGAACUAGAAGGUUUAUCAGCUACAACUCAAAGAGCAGCGGCAACCAGAAGAGAAAAUCUGAAGAUCAAAAAGUACGACCAGGAGCUCUUGCCUGGAGGUUUUCGACCAACAUUUGUGCCUAUAGUCUUCAAACAUUUUGGCUGUUGGGGAGAGAAAGCUGAAGACUAUUUGAAGAAACUGUCACAGCUAUCAAGAGACAAAGACGGAAAGCCAAAUGCAUCAACCUUCAAGACAUACUGGAGAUCUGUGUUCUCUGUGUGUCUACAACGAUCAAAUGCUAGAGUGAUUGACAGAAAAAUAAAGAAGAUUGUUUCAAGAGACAGCAACAUAAACAUAAAUAGUUGUACGUAGAACCAAGCCCUAUUGGCUUGGGUAGUAUUUAGUUGCUUUGCUUAGAUGGUGUAUAAUAGUUCAAUGUUUGAAAAUAUUUGUAUUGACAGACAGACAGACAAACAGACAGACAGACAGACAGACAGUGGAAAUACAUAUAAACAAAUGAAUAAACAAUAAAACGA